UCACGCUUAUUUUCGGAUCCCGCCAUCUUGGAAGGAUUUGAGAAUGAACGAAAACGGAUGAGUGGAGCUGGAAGGUGAGUUCCCUGUUGCGACUUUGAGAGCGGUCUAUUGAAAUCGAGGCAAAGCACCUGAGACUGAGGUGUCUCCGAAGCAAACCAUUAGUAGUACCUUGAGAGGAAGGACGUUCACAACCACUAUACAGCUUCACCAUGUUUGAGAAAGAAUCCAAGAUAUUGUCGAAGUUUGUCUCGUUUGGCUCCAAGCCAACGGCGGAAACCUUUCCGGAAUUGCCAGACUGCCUGAUAUGGCUGAGAUUCGUGUUGGCCGUAUCGUACGGAGUGUUCUACAUGGCAUCCAGUGCAGCUGCCACAGACAAUAACCAAGGGAUCAUCCCCUUGUUCACGGCGUUGAAUUUCGUUUGCUUUAUGCCCAUGAUAUACUGCUCCCUGGUCCUACAAGCCGACAGUGAGUCCUACAAGGGUAGCUUGGUCUUUUCUGGUGUGAUGAAUGCCAUGGCUCUUGUCGCCUUGAUUUGGAUUUACUUUUACACACUGAAUCACCCCGAGGAAGAAGCCACAUUGCAGAGUUUGGUCUCCUUGGUAACAGACGCCGCUGGAGGUGACGACGAAGCCUACGAAGGGGAUCCCGCUCCAGUUCCUCCUAUGGAGGAGUCUGAAUUCUAGAUCCUUGGGACACGACUGUGUGGAACAAUCUACUCUUGCAAACUGUUGACUGCUGAGACUUCUCACCUGGCGAAAAAGUUGCGUGUGGCUACAACGGCAAGCGAAGAGGUUUGGAUUACAUGAGGAUCUAGCAACGUCAUUCACCGAGGACAAAGCUUGACUUUGAGAGACCCAUGACUCGGCCCAUCACUUUCAAGUACCGGUAUGGUGAACAAAGAGGACUUGCUCUGCUAUGGUUAAUGUACGGUAGCAGUGAGCGGAAGGCAGUUUAGGGAGUUGAGCUAGCAAGUAUCAUAGCUGUAGGAAGCAGUUGUAAUAUUAUAACCGACCUACUGAGCUACCAC